AUGGGCAACUACCUUUUCCUUCUCUUUCUCCCUCUCAGCUUGACUGUACAGCUGGCCAAUGCUAUGCUAGGCGAACUUCCAGUCGGCGUGACCGUCUUCGAUGAUGCUAGCACUAUUCUUAUCAGCGCGCAGAAUCUCGGUCGGAAUUCUCCACCCGGUGUAUGCCGAAUCCCAUCCGAUGUCCAAGCUCCGUUCAACGGGGGCAGUACUCCUCUCAGUACUCCUCCUAUGGACAGUAUAGUCACAUAUCUUGCUCUAGGUGUCGGCUAUCAGAACUACACGUGUGAUGCCUCGUCUACAGACCCCCCAGUGCCCAUUGGCGCCACUGCCAAUCUCUUUGAUGUAUCCUGCAUGGCAGAAAACACUAAUUUCCUAGCUGGGCUCCCUAGGGCUCUUCAAUAUAUGUCCCCUGAUUCUGUCGUUCUAGCCGCAGUGGUUUUGGACAAAUUUACUGCCUCAAUUAAUGACACGACCAACGGCUUCCUCCUCGGCAGCCACUACUUCACCGGCUCUCCUGCCCAGGCAACUUUCGACCUCUCUCUGAUGGGGGGCAGUAUCAUACAAGGUGCAAAACUUAGCUCAUCCACUGCUCCGACCACCGCGCCUUCUAUGUCGGUGGAUUGGCUAAGACUUGGGAACAUAACUCCAGUUGGAAUAGACACUACUAAUAUCACCGAUAUCUACCGUGUUUGGACUGCUGGUGGUCAGCCAGGCAAUUGUGCAAAGAAAGCAGAAACACUUACGAUAAAAUACUCGGCUAUCUACUUUUUCUACUCCUGA